CAUCAAAUAGCAGACCUGCAAGUUGGACAUGUUUAAUUGACUACUAUCCACUCAGUUAAACAUGGCUUAUGGAAAAUGUGAAGGGAAUGACAUUUUAACUUAUAGUACUCUUCGUGGAUUUCAAAAUUAUGUAGACAAAUGGUACAUUAAAUUUAAGAUAAUUGAGAGAGUGAAUCCUCAUCCACCAAUUAGACUUCAUAUUUGUUUAAAGGUGAAAAUUACUCAUAUUCUAAUUCUUGAAGAUUAGCAAUUUACAAGUAGAUCUGAUUAUAUAAUCUUUUUGAAAUAACAGUAACUAUGGUCAAUAUUGUCCCUAUAAAUAGAACUAAGAUUCUUGCUGUGGUCAUAAGUUGAAAAGACAACCCAAUUAUUAUAGCUGUCAUAUAUAAUUUUAAUACGUUAUUCUGAAAUUGACCUUUGGAAAUUUGAUUAUCCCAAAAUAAUCAAUACUAAUAAACAAAGUUAUAAGAAUAUAGUUAGAAUCGUUAGGUAACAGCAAAAACAAUGAGAUUUUUACAAUAUCUAUUUAACUUCAU